AUUUACAAUUUUAUGCGGUUAUCAAUUAAAAUAGUGGGCUAAAGUGCUAAACCCAUAUCAUUGAAAUUAUUAAUAGGCUUAAAACUUAAUCAGCCCAUAGCAAAUUAAGCAGUCCCAUCCAUUACUAACGGUAACGGCUAGUUUCAUAAUGUCCCGCCGGCUAACCACGCUGACAACCCUCUCUCCAACGGUCACAUUUUGUAAUGAACCGUUAUUAGAGCCCUAAAUUCUGAAUUGCCAUAAUUAUGUGCUUAAAUUCUUUCGUCCUCUCUUCUUCCCAACCCCAAUCUAUCACCAUUUUCACUGUAAAUCAUUUUCCGGCAGCCCUAACACUUUCCCGGUGAUCAUCGAAAGAACUAUCAAAAGUGAAAUGGAGACUCCAUCUUCAUCAUCAAGAACAAUGACAAGAUCACAAGCGCUGGGGAAAAGUGAAGAAUCUGAGAAGGGUGUUUUGAAAUCAAGAACAGCUAUGAUUGAUAUAACAAAUGAUUCACCAAUUGUCGGGCUUGCGAUUGGUAGUUUGAAAACACCAUCAUCGACCUUUUCUAAAAAAAGAACGUUUAUUCAAAAUAGCGAAUUGAUCAAACAACCCGAUACUCCUGGGUCUGGUGAGGCUUUGUUGAGAGGUCAAGUGAAGACCCUUUUACAAAAAGUCGAAGAAGAAGCUGUGUUUUCAAAGAUUUCAUUCGAACCCAGAAAUUUGAUUCGUGAAGAAGAAGAAGAAGGUUUUGUGCAUUCCCCAAUCUAUCUUAUUGCUCCCACACCUGCAAAUACACCUCAAGUUUCUGAAUUCUGUGAGAAUAACAACGGCCUUGUAUCUCCCAUUGUUGCAGAAAGCAAUAGUUUUUCACAGAUUCUUGGUCAACAAGAAGAAAAUGAUGAAACUUCGGAAACGAAUUUGAUAUCAAAGUUGUUUAUGGAUUUCCCAGAAAAUUUAGAGGAUUAUGAUUCAUCUGUGGACAAUGAAGAUGAUGCAUCGGUUUGGUCAGUUCAAGUGAAUGUGAGCACAAGUGAUGAAGAAUUGGAAGAAAUUCAUGAGGACGAGCUUUGUGAGGUGCUGAGCAAGAUUUGUGUGAAUGAUGGUGGUGUUAAGUUUAAUGGAAAACACCAAAUAUUUGUUUAUGAUAGUGAUAGUGAGCUCGGAGGGGAAGAAGUUGUUUGAAUCUGUGUUAUGUUGAAAGCGGAAAUAUUGGGUUUCCCAAGUGAUGGAUAUUAUGUUGAUUAUAAUU